GAGUGAUUUUCUACAUAUACGGAGUGCGAUACGUUCGUUCAUUUUCGAGCGUUUCUCCUGUCUUCUAGCACCUUUAAAAAAAAAAAAAAAAAUGAACACCGUUCUGUCAAGAGCUAAUUCCCUUUUCGCCUUCUCAUUGAGCGUCAUGGCGGCCUUAACUUUCGGCUGUUUCAUCACAACAGCGUUUAAAGAUAGAACUGUUCCUGUGGACGUCCGUGUCUCCAAAGUCAUGCUGAGAAAUGUUGAUGACUUCACUGGACCCAGAGAGCGCAGUGAUCUGGGUUUCAUCACAUUUGACCUCUCAGCUGAUUUGCAGCCAAUAUUUGACUGGAAUGUUAAACAGCUCUUUCUCUAUUUGUCUGCUGAGUACACCACAAAAAGCAAUUCUUUGAACCAGGUGGUGCUCUGGGAUAAGAUUGUUCUCCGAGGUGAAAACAACAAACUGAACCUCAGAAACACAAAAUCAAAAUACUUCUUCUUUGAUGAUGGAAACGGUCUCAGGGCCAACAAGAACAUCACUCUGACGCUGUCAUGGAAUGUCGUUCCCAACGCUGGAAUACUGCCGCUUGUAGCUGGGAGUGGAUACACCAGUCUUCCCUUUCCUGAUAAAUAUGAGACUCCCAAGAGCUAUUAGAGUGAAACAAAAUUAGUAUUUUAGAAUUUACAGCACAGGCUUCACUCACAGGCUUUUUACAAGAGAAGUACAGAUAAUGGGUUAACUAAUUCAUUUAAGUUUUGGUAUAAAAAAAAAGAGAGAGAACGGAAUUGUUUUGAACCUUUAACAUCUUAUGCAUGUAUUGGCAAAAUAAUAAUUAAGAAAGCAA